AUGGCUGACCAACGCCCCUCAGACUUGGGCGAUCGCGCGGCAGAAGCUGCCAGCGACUUUUUCUCCCAGAUUUACACUGUGAUCGAAACGGCCAUCCGCCGCUUACUGGGAAACACUGUGGCCUCUUUCUCCAACGUCAAUGCCAAUCGGUGGACCAAAGUUGUGGGCAGUGUUGUCUUUUACCUGAUCAUCCGUCCAUACGUGGAGCGAUUCUUCAAAUGGCUCCACGACCGCGAGCGACAGAAGGAGAAGGAGAAGAAGGAAAAGGAAAAGGCUCAAUGGGGUGGCAAGAAGGCCAAGAUGUCGGCGAACACGCUGCGGGGUGGGGAAAAGGGCAAGGUCCUUGGCGAGGUGGAAAACACCGAUGACGAGGUCGAGGAGGACGGAGAGGAUGAGCUCGCCCAGGCGAGUGGUGUGCCCGAAUGGCAUGGAAUGGCGCGCAAGCGACAGAAGAAGUACAUGAAGAAUCGAGCCAAGGGUCAGCGUGCGGAGAACCUGACCGAGGAUCAGAUCAUGGAGCUCCUGGAUUGGAGUGAGGAAGAGACAGUCGACAAGAAGGACAUUUAG